AUGUACAUCGCUCUCUACUUCAUCGUCACCCGCCUCCCUGACUCUCUUAGCGCAGUCAGGGACCUCUUUCUUACCAUGGACCCCACCGACCUCACUAGCGACCUGCUCGAGAAGCACCACCUUCCAACUGAGACUAGCAUAGUUACUACAGGUGCUGCUCGUGGCACUCCUCGCACUCCCUUCUUUGAGGGGUUCUCCCCUUCCCCCCUUGCCCCCACCUACGCUUCUGCUGCUGCUGUUGACUUCCUUCGUGCCGACGAGGUCGGGGUUGCGUCUGCACCUAGUGGGAGGCGCCGCAGUGGCAAGGGCAAGGGAGGCAAGUGUGGUGGGGGUGGCAGCGGUGGAGGUGGUGGUGGAGGCGGUGGAGGCAGUGGAGGUUGCGGUGGUGGCAGAGGGAGUGGUGGUGAGAGUGGAGGCGUUGGUGGCGGCGGUGGUGGCGGCGGUGGUGGUGGCAGUGGGAGUGGUGGCAGCGGCAGUGGUGGCGGCAGUGGGAGUGGCAGUGGCGGCAGUGGUGGCGGUCGGGGUGGACCCAGUGAGAGGGAAGGUUUUGGCGUUGGUCAGAGGCAGCAGCAGCAGCGUCCGCGUGAGACCCCUACGCCCCAGGAGCUUCGUGAAAGGUUUGCUCAACGUGGGGCGUCUUCGGGUAGUGUUCGCUACCGUCACACCACUCCCUGCAGCUGUUGCAGUUAG